AUCCCCCGUUCAAGAGUCAACCAAUACACAACGAAACGUCACGAAAAUUUCAUUCUCUUCGUUGAACACCGUGAUGUCGAGUAUCCUAUCGUGACGAACGUUGGAAGGUCGAAUUUAUCUGUGACAAUCCAAGCACAACACGAGCGCAGUAUCAAAUGUAACGUGAUAGGUUCCGGACCCUGCAAUAAUCUUGGAGGUUAUCAAGGCAAGUGAUGGUCGCGAUAACUUUGAAGUAAACGCUGAAAUGGUCAAUCGACCCAAGUAGAUCGUAAGAUCGCAGUCGUUCUUUACUUCCCUCGGCGAGAGGUAGGCUGCUCCGCAGGUAAACCUAGUGCCAAAUCUGUGCUUAAAAGACUUUCUGUCUAAAUCGUAGAAGAUAGAUGGAGAAUAAGGAGAACUGUUCCCAAGUUCUUCUGUUUAAAUUGUAAAAACGAAGGGAGAAUAAAGAGGACUGUGCCCAAGUUCUUCUGUCUAAAUUGUAGAAAAUAGAGGGAGAAUAAAGAAGACUCUGUCCGAGUCCUUCUGUCUAAAUCAGAGAAACAACAAGAAGAAUAAAAAGGGCUCUACCCAAGUCCUCCUGUUUAAAUAAAAGAAAAGCGUCUCACGAACUCAAUGUGUUUCCAAUUUACCUGAAUCGAAGCCGAGUUCGCGCCGCGAGAAGUCGUUACGCGGCAGUUAAACGCGAUCUCUAAGGUGAAUUCAUACUAAAGGAUCUCGAAGAUGAAACUAUUGACGACGGUAGGGCUUUUGGUAACGAUAUCGAUGUGCCAUGGGUAUCGAAUAUUGGGAUUGUUUCCAUUCCCCGGGAAGAGUCAUUUCGUGAUGUUCGAACCAAUGAUGAAGGGUCUGGUUAAAAGGGGCCACCAGGUGGACGUGAUAAGCCCGUUUCCAUUGAAGAAACCGUUCCCGAAUUACACGGACUUGGUUACGCUGGAAAGUAUCAGGCAGUUCAUGAACAACAUGACGUAUGGCGAAACAAUGUUAUUAAGAAAUUUACCGGUCAGUACCUCCGUGGCCACGCUGGCUGGAAACGACAUCUGUGAGAAUUUGAAGGAUCCAAGGAUACAAAAGCUCGCGAGGAACCCGCCCAAGGACCCACCUUACGACUUGGUCAUCGUGGAGAUAUUUGGAGCUCACUGUUUCGCGGCACUCGGCUACCUAUUGAAAGUGCCCAUAGUGGGCGUGAGUUCGUCGGUUCUUUACCCAUGGAGCAACGACAUAAUCGCCAAUCCCGAGAACCUGGCGUACGUGCCAAACAAUCUCCUCGACUACUCUUCCCAUAUGAACUUCUGGGAAAGAACGCACAAUUUCGUCCACACCCUGUACAAUAAGUGGAACUUCAAUUACAUCACGCAGGAGCAGAACGAGAUCAUUAGGAAGUACCUUGGUCCCGGUAUACCGGACAUUAGGGAGCUGGAGAGGAGCGUCUCAAUGAUUCUCGCCAAUUCUCACAUAUCCAUGAACGGUAUAAGGGCUAUGACGCCCGCGUUAAUCGAAGUGGGAGGAUUGCACGUUCAGGAAGAGGGGGUGGAGCUACCACCUAGCCUCGAAAAGUGGAUGAACGAAAGCACCCAUGGAUUCGUCUACUUCACAUUUGGCUCGAUGGUGAAGAUCGAAUCCUUCCCGCAGAAGUAUCUUGAUAUAUUCUACAAUUCUUUAGGGAAGAUAGCACCCGUUCGAGUUCUGAUGAAAAUUCCGAAUCCGAACGAACUGCCGCCCGGCUUGCCGAAAAACGUUCAUACGUUGCCAUGGAUUCCGCAGGUCAAAGUUCUGAAACAUCCAAACAUAAAAGCAUUCAUCACUCAUGGGGGUCUUAUGGGGACCCAGGAAGCAAUUCACUAUGGCGUCCCACUGGUCGGUAUACCACUGUUUGCCGAUCAAUUUAUCAAUAUCAACAGCUACGUUCGGAACAAGAUUGCAGUAGGAUUAGACCUUAACACCCUAACCCAGGAGAAAAUGGACCAGGCUCUGCAUGCCAUUCUACACGAUCCCAUAUACCGGGAAACGGUGAAGAAGGUAUCUGCCAAGUUCUUAGACCGACCUUUGAGCGCCAUGGACACCGCGAUUUACUGGAUCGAAUACAUCAUCAAACACGGUCCAGAUGCACUCAGAUCGCCUGCUAUGGAUCUGACAUGGUAUCAGGUGGCGUCGCUGGACGUUGCCGCGUUCCUCCUACUUGUUGCGCUUCUAGCAGUGGUCUUCCUGAUAACGGCGCUGCGGUUCAUCUACAAAUUAGUGAGCCCAACUGAACAAGUGUCGCGCGCGAAGAAAGUCUCAUAAACACUUCCAUUUUUCUAUCUUGAUGCACCGAGAUAUCGAUCGAAUUUCUUUGAUGGUUUCCUUAGACUCGAGGUUUCGUUAUUUAAAUUUUACUUAAAACUUAGAAAGGAAGAACGGACGAGUAAUUAUUACCUUCCGGGGGUGGGUAAGCUAUGUCGAGUUCGAACUUUGGAAAUGUAAUAUUUUAACGAUAUAAAACGCAAUAUUAUACGAUCGAAUUUGUUUACUCCAAACAUUGAAAGGUUUGAAUUCAACCUGAUUUGCCUUUGAAGUAUAGAUUUGUAUACUUUCAAUAUUCUUUUAAUAUCACAGCAGUGCUUCCCAACGAGUGUGACGUGACACGUUCACGCCAGGACGAAAGUGGGUGCGCGUGUGUACCGCGAAAAAAUUUAUAAUGAAUUUAACGAAACAACUUUACUUGCUAACGAGCGAGCACUGCUUUCAAAUUGUAAAGAUUCAUUUAUAAUUUUAAUGUAAAGCGGAUCGCUGCAAUUUUAUUUAUUAUUCGUUUCGAAAAAGUGUGCUGUAUAUAUGUUAGCCUCUAUCUAAAAUAGAAUGGGAAGCAAUAAAUCAAAGAACGUACGAGGCACGUACCAUUUUUGAAAACAAAAGGAAAUGGAGUGGGUGCCUCUGCUAAGAUAAGUUCCAAUCGUUAUAUGCGAUGCAAGAAAGGAUCUGCAAAGAGCUAAGUUCCUCGGUGUUCAUCUGCGUAUUCGUCUAGUACAAUUUUUUAACAUAAAUACGUUUUAAAUAUUUUAAAUAAAAUACUAAGCGUGUUCCUGACUAUAGGCCUUGUAAAUUUUAACUUUAAUUUCGAGUAUGUUAUUAAUUAUUAUCUGUCGUCACGUGCGACACGCGACGUUAAAAUAAACAAUUUUCUUAAAGAUAAAAUUGUGUUUCUGUUCCAAGAUAUCAAUACAGAAAUAGAUAAUUACAGCGAAGAAAAUGUGUACAUAACUAAUGUUCAGGAGAGGAUCGUUAAUACCUUCGACGAUGAUAAGUCUAAUAACCAUCUGUCUUUUUUCGAGUGCGAUGUAAUUGGUGUUGGAUAUUGAAAGUAAAUUUUUUGAGGGAGGUAAAAAGAUACUUAUACGACUUACCGUCACGUACCGAGUGAUUGAUAAGAACGUAUUAGACCUGCAAUCUUAUUUCGUAUCGUGUCGUAUAAUUGGUGCUUCACUUUACUUUAUUACGUAAAUAAAUAUAUAUGUGUACCUCGUAUUGCCUUCACGUUCAGAUAAUAAUAUCAAAUGUUCGUUUAAAUUGUAAUUAUUAGACUGCGAAUGUUUACGCGUGUAUCCCGUACAAUAAUAUAGAAAACAUAUAUAAAAUAUAUCUACGUAAUGUAUGUUGAAUAUAUGUACAUUACAAUUAAUAUAAUUAUAUUGUAAUUUCAUAUCGCGUAAGUGCACACACCUUUCGAUUACGUUUAACAUGAGUUUAUUACAUUCGUUUAGAUCAUAAAUGCAUCAAAUACGCAGUCUAGUAAUCGUGCGUGGAAACUUAAUAGAAAAAAAGAUACCAUGACCAAAACUAGACAUUCGCGACAUUUCACAAAUGAUUAUUAUUAGAACAAAAGUGAAGUAUGAGUUAAUGAAAGCCGGGUGUGUCCGCCAUCUUUUAUAAUCUUAUCAAAUUUAGUCACUUCGCAGCUGUUGCCAAUUUGGAAGCAGCCGAUUUCAAAAAUUCAACGUUCUGUUUAAAAAAAUGUCGCGCACCCGACGAAUUGCGCUCGGUUUUAUAUCAAGGAGCGUUUUUCUCUUCUUUUUUUUUUUUUAUGACAAUGCAAAAUACGUACAGCCUGCUUCGGACAGACCGUGAUAACUGUAUCUGUUUCUCUGAUCUGACACAUGUCGCAUCGAGCUCGUAUCCGCUCGGUGCGUUUUCCACUCGUGAAAAGGACAGUCACGGGAAAAAUCAACGUCAGCGCGCAACUUCGGAAAAAUUCGCUUCAGCCGACGAUGCGAAACGAGUUUCAACUUUUCAAUUUUCCACGGCACAGCCGACAGCAAUUUAUGAUUCGCCUGCCGUCGGCCAAUGAAACGGAACGGAUCCCCCGACAGCGAAGCGCUCGUGAAACGAAGAUAAAAACGUACAAAAAAUCAUCGUCCCAUCGGAAGUUUAUCGCGCCCGAUCUUCGCACCGUCACAAUUCGCGUGAAUGAACCAAUCGAGUCGUCGAGCUUUUCGCGCCAUUCGUGGCUCGAUCGUUCAAAUUAAUAUUUCGAACGCGUCUUUAAAUAGUUUAAUGGUAAGAGUCAGUUGAAAUAGUGAUAAUUUUAUUUACGUCAUUUUGAAAUGAAAACGACCCCUUUUUUUUUCAUGAAAGUAUAAUAAAAAUCACGAGGACCAUUUUUUUGGCAGCAAGUCGUUAGUUUAAUACAACGACAACAAAAAGAAAACUAGGUUACGUCUGAUAAGUUUUUUUUUUUUUUACUGAAAGGAAGGAAAUAUCGAAACAAGAUUUUCCCAUAACAUUAGGUAAGACUAGAACAACUUACUUGUAUUCUUUUCAUUGGCAAUUGUUUUGCAAUUAAGCAUUUCUUUUGUUAAAUAUGUUUUUAUCGUUCCUCGUGGAAGUACAUGAAAUGAAAGAAAUAAAGCAUCCGUUAAAACAAUU